AUGUCAGAGAGAGAGAGAGAGAGAGAGAGAAGUAAGAAGAAGAAAAGAGAAGUGAAAAUUAGUUAUAGAGAGAUAAUUAAAUGGGUUGCUUUGUGCCUUUUAGCAACAACAGCUUAGAGAUGAGCUUAUUGGUAUUCAGACCCACUGUGGUGGUGGUGGAUGAUGUGGUUGACGCCCUCAAGCACUUCUCUUUAUUUUCCAAGACACUUGGCUGUGUUUGCAGUUCCAUCUUUAAGAGCAUUCACGGAAAUAUGAUCGUUUGGUAUGGCGCAUGGAUGAAGGCGUCAAGUGAUGACAAGGGGAAACUAUAUUCAGCUCUCCUAUCAGGAUUGACAGAUGUAUCCAGUAUGGCUAUUUUAAUAUAUCAUAGCGUUUUUGAAGCAUUUGCUGGUGAAUCAAGAACCAGCUCCAUUGGUGCAAAACUUUCUACUGGCGACACAAUAUCCCUGAGCUCUGCAGUCCUCAUGGCUGGUGACCUUAGUGACAUCUCUUAUACAUGCUUGGCUCUAUUCGAAUCUCAUUUCCAAAAGUUGGAAGGAGUAACUGCUGGAGUUCUCUUGCAAUGCCAAUUUGGGCCAAGGAUAGCAUGUCUAUAUGUAUGGAGAUCCACCGAUUUGUGUUAUUCAUGGGCUAUAAACUCCCAUUAUCGAAAAACAGUUCUACCCUAUCUUGAUCAAUACUCUGUCGACAUCAAGUAUGACAUAUUUCGGGUAGUAUACGUAAGUAGUGAGAAUGUGCACAACCUUCAUUUCUACUCUUCUGGUCUGGCAUUGCGAAAUGAAGUAGUGUGUCGAACUGGCCAUGUUAUGCAAGAUGUAGAGUGAGUCCUCGCAAAGAUAUGUGAACCAUAUAUUUAUGCAUAAGUAUUAUAUUUCCAUGUAAAUUAUUAUCUUAGUUUCAUUAUAACAUUCAUCUCGUGAACUAGUUAGAGGAAAAAUGAGAUGCCAUUGAUAAACAUGAAACAUUACCUAGUGCCAUGAGCUAAGCUUGAUCAAAAAAUUAUGUUUGUCUAUGA